CUUUGCUGGCGCGAAUCUCGUCCUCAAGCUCGGGUCGUCAUCCCUCCCCCCGUCCUUCUCCCGAUUUCCUCCAGCCUAGAACCCGCCGUAAUGCCCUGACGAUGCCAAUCACGACCCUCACGAUAUUGAAUUUCCCCUUUACUCCUCUUCCCGACUUCGGCACCUUCUCGUUGGAGUAGUUGCCGGCAGCCAUAAUGCAGUCGGUGCCGAGUCUCGUAGGAACCGGCACCGUAGUUGCUGCUGCCGCUACUGGCCUGGUCUUUGGCCAACCUGCCGAGUCAACAACAACCGCCCUCCGGCCGAGCCCAAGCAAGCGAAACGUAACUGCGGGCUUCGAGAGCCUGCGAUUUCCUACGUCUUCACGUCCCGGAACAAGCGGUGCCCCUGAUGCGCCACCUAUGGACUACCAUCCUCGCAUUUCUUUUCAGCAACGCUCCGAGCCUCCUCCUGGUCCUCUAUCGUCACAUCCGACUAAUACACCGCGAACGUCCCCGUCCUCCAGCAACCAGAUCACACCCCCAAAGAGCACGAGCCGGAGGCAGUCGUUCAUCAGACAGACAGAUCUCUCGGCACGGCCAAUCGCCGAAAAUGCCAGGGACUCGAUCUCCUCCAACGGGUCCUGGAUGAGACGUCUAUCCAUCCGGCCGCUCUCACAGCAUGGAAGCCCACGGUCAAGCAUUGGGCCAGACUCGCCUUCUCUAGUCUACUCUUACGGCUCUGGUGCGCCCGUGCUAUCCCCUACCGGAUCGGCACCCCCGCAAAUGCCGCCGAAUAAGUUGAUCAAACGAGCAUCCUCUGGUCAAAAUCACGAUUCAGGUGCCGUGGUCGGAAGAGGUUCCAGGUCGCAGGUGCCUAGUUUUCGAAGACCCGCCACCAGCCAUCAGCGGUCAGCAACACUGCAGCAGUUCCAGCAACAGGAUGGUUUCUCUGGGCCACCUGCCGGCCCAAAGUACUCGCUGGACCAUAGAUCACGGCCGAGGGCAUUCACGACCAAGGCAGAGGUGGAGCGUACCGAUUCACAGUCAGACGGCAGUAGAUGGGCUUCUUUCUUCCAUUUCCGUGUUACCAGGGCCAGUCGAGGAAGCUCUGGCAGCCCGGGUGGCGUGUCACUGCCGAAUAAGCGGAUACAGUCAUCGCAGCGAGAUAUGCCUCGCGCAUGUCUAGUCAAGGCCGCCAUGAUUGCCGGCGCUGCAAUCCCACAGGAGCAGAGUUCGGGUGCCGAGAGCCAAGCAGAGAACCAUGACGGUCGUCGGACCACGCACGACUCGCCGGAUUCUGCAGAGGAUACACCGUCGAAACGGGCUAGGCGCUCAAUUUCGAUGCAAUUUAGCUCGCCGAGCAACUGGAUCUCAAAAACUGGGAGCAUACGACGCCCCAAGCGCGGAUCAACGGAAGCCAAGAGCGAAGGCAAGCGUCACGUAUCUGCUCCUACAACCACGGCGCAGAACCUAGUCCAGCCAGAGUUGUUGAAACCGACAGUUGACGAAAUCUUCAUUUCUCACGAGCCCCGCCUGCAACUAGGCCCCGAGGGUGCGUCCAAUUACCACCCAAAAGCCCGAAAGCGGAACUCUUCGUCUCCACUGCCACAAAUAUCUCGACUUUCGAGCUUUAAUAUUGACGUCUCACAUCUAGGCACCUCGGUGGCUCCUGCAUCGGGUCAUUCGAGAGCAAAUCAGGUGUCAAUCACUUUUUUCUCAACCCCCCAAACCAACCCGAGCCCAGCUCAAAGUCGAGGUGUUUCGGGUGAGUGUACCUCCACCAUGGCCAGCUCUGACGUGGAGACUCGUGAUUGCACGUCCGGGGAUGAUGAUGAUACCGACUUCAAGAGCGACGUGGUAUUCGAUUCAUUCCGCACUGCCGGCUCCAAUCGAUUAAGGAACGUCGACACACCUUUGGAGUCCAUGUUUGACGAGUCACCCCCAAGCACUGCUGGCAACAGCAAGACAAAAAGACUAUCAAUCCAGGAAAUUCUCGGGCAGUCUUGGGAUAGUGAUACCAGGAUAAUGGAAGAGGAUGAGAGUGCCCCAACACCCAUUCGAGCCAUCCAUUCCGAGACAAGAAUGGGGCUGAACGACGGGACUGAUAAUUUGGAGGGGCUCUUCCGCCCUGGACGUGCCUUGGCAAGACUUUCCCUCUCAAACAGGGACUUUAGCCGCCUAUCACUAGACGACGACGAUGACGAUGAUUGGGCACGGGACGAGGAAAACGGCCUCAGCAACCACCUUUUCCCACCAUCCAGCCCUCUCAACUCGAGGAAGGCAAGUCCCCGCCUCCGACACGCACUGGUGAGCAUCACCGGGAACAGCAGUCUCGAUAGCCGCCACCACAUCACCGUCAACGAGCGGCCCCGAAGCAAUAUCUUCGAUUGGACCGAGCCACCAUUGCACGAAAAGUUCGACGUCGACGGUCAUUCGCCCCGACCAAAGACGGUGCACGGGAAGCAGGAGAUGGACUUGAGAGGAGGUCGCCCGGCUAAUCGUAAGGGCCCUGGCGCCGGUCAUGUUCGAAGCCAGAGUGUCCCAGUGGUUCCGGAGCCCACUGAAGGCUCCUCUAAGGCGGUACCGAAGUUCGGAACAUGGGGUCUGGGCACCAAGCCAGUCAGCGAAGACUGGGACGACGACUUCGACUUCGACGAGGAUGCCGUCAGCCCGGUUGGUGGCAAGGACUCGGCAACGAGCUUCUCAAUGAUUGUCCCAGCAUCAAUCCAGGCGACCCAGCCUACGGUCAAGGCACAUUCGGGUCAGAUUCGGGAGCUAUCGCUGCUUGUCAACGACCUCAAGCGAUUGUGCCGACACGGAAAGGAUCUGGACAUCCUCGAUGGACCUUGUUCAUCGAAGUGGAUGGAGGCUCAGAAUAUUAUUGAGCUUGCGUCUCCUGACGAGGAUGAGGACGAAGGUGCGGAUGCAGAUGGACACGCAAAGGAUUCGGACUGCGCGACUAUCGACGAACGAUUUCUCGAAGAAGGAUUUGAUGCUGGCUCGCUCGAUCGCACCGAAGAUCCCUUUUUAAUCCCGGAGUCCAUCGCGGAACCCGAGAUGGCAAAGAAUGCUGUGGUGCGCGAGAGACAGACGACACGACGGCGAUCAGUAUUCUCACCAGAGGACGACAUCUUCGGCGGAAACUGGCCCUUGAACGAUGAGAAGCCCUUGGCCGCACCGCCUCGUACUCCUGACCAGUCUACCAAUUCGAGCCGCAAAUCAGCAAUGAUCUCAACCGUGAUGGAAGCCAUGCAGCAACAGCAGCGCUCGACCUCUGAUCUAGUCAAGCGUCGAUCUCCAGUCAAGCCCUCGCAGUCGAAGCUCUUCUUCGAUACGAAUAGCCUGCAGGAGCUGGUCAAAAAGGCUGGCCAGCUUCGGGAUUCGCUCUCCGACGUGGUCCGACGUGCUGAGCUCCUCACUCAGAGCCCCGCGGGCACGCCGCGUAGGGAACGGGUGCCUCGGCUUGGAGAUGGCAGUCCGGCCUUCACCCGGGUUUUCACCGAUCCGGCAUCGAGUCCCCCAAAGCGCUUGCCGAAGAGCCACAGCACCAAUUCCGUCCUCAGCAGAACGUCGGUCGAGUCGCCGAGGUUGCAGAUGAUGACGGUUAACUAAAACGGAAGCCCGGGUGCCACAUCACAUGGCCUUGGGGGUUCUCCCGCAAACGGGGCAGUUUCCACCCAACAGAAAAAAAGAGCCCAAUCAUACUCUUCCACGGCCCCCCUGUACACAUAAACACGAUUACUAUCUUGAGCAGCUCAUGGAUGGCAUUUUCUGAAUCGACC